UCAGAGUGUUUUGUUUAUUAUUUGAUUUUGACCGUUUUUCUCUCGUGGCGGAAGUUUACAGUCUCCUGUUUUUUCUUUUCUUUUCAUAAUUUACACAACAUUGUUAAAUAGAUUAAUAUUUAGCCAAAAGAGAUGUGAACGUACCUCAUGCUGCGCGUUUAAUUUGACCCGCGUCUGAUUCGUUGCUAUGGUGACGGAAUGGCCGCGUUCGAGCAGAUCGACGCGCUGCGAAAGCAGAACAAAUAUUUCCUGCGUAAACUCAAGAAACAAACCGAACAACUGCGCCAGCUGACGCUCUCGUGCCCGGAUAAGGUGGACGAAACGCACAGCUCGGUGUACGAAGCGUUCAUCGCCGAAAGCGGCCCACAUCGCGCGCCUUUAACGGAGAGGAACGGAGCGCAGCCGCCGCGAGCGUCACUAUCGACAGCAGCGAAAACCACCAAAACACCCAAAACACCCGAUGAACGUGAGCGUGAUCGUAAAGUAGAUGAACGUGAGCGUGAUAGUAAAGAACCCACCCAAAGUUUAGACCUGAGCACAUACAGCUCACUACUGCAAGACACGGCGAACAGUCGCCGGAAGGGACAGAGCAGAUCUGUGAGACUCAAGCUCUCCAAAUCUGCACCUCUCAGCCCCUGUGACCAGAGAGAGACUGACAGCACAACGACUGCUAGGCUGGAGAUGGAUCCUAUAUCAGAGCGAAACAUACGGCCUUUACUGGGCUAUGAUUGGAUAGCAGGCCUAGUGGACGCUGAAAGCUCUCUUGAAGAUCGUUCGGAGCAGUUCUUUAGCGAUCUCGGCAGAUUCCGUCUGGCCAAUCGAGACGAGUGCGUCCACAGCUUGUUAUCAGGAUUUCCAUCUGCUGCUGAUCUUGCAUCUUCCUCAUUCGACAGUGACGUGCUGCAGCCACCUACAGACUCACAUCAGUGCACAUUCUGCUACAGAAUAAACAGUCGACUGUUUGCAGUUCCGCUGGACGCACAAGCCGCCUGUCCAGUGUGCAAGAUGCUCAAAUCUAAACACCCUCAAACUCAAAGAGAGCCUGCUUUAAUCAGGGUCAGUAUUCCUCGAUCAACUCUGCUGCCAGCGUACAAAUACAAAGCCCAUCGCCGCUGCAGUUUUGACCCCUCUGACAGCCUGGGUUUGCCCUCGCACUGUUUGUCCGGAUGGUCCAAUCCCACCCUGAACUCUGGCUCUCAGAUGAGUGGUCUGGAUCUGCGGGGCUCCGUGGCGAAACCAGCGCCUACGGGAGGGUCAGCCUCAUCCUGGAUUGACAAUGAACCGGAUUCAUCCUUGCCCAAUGCAUCGAGACAUGGGCAUUCUGACCAGCUUCAAAAUGUGGUUCGUUUGCCACGGUAUCGCUUUCAGCAGUCAGAUCCAAAGAGACCACAACCCCACGGCCGCUCCUACACUCUUGAGUGAUUGCAGAGGUUUCAUUCGCAUUUUCUGGAUUUACUGAAAUGAAUACUUGUGCACAAUGUUGUUUUUCUGUAUGUGUAAUAAUGGAACACAUUAAUCAUUUUGUAUGAACGUGUGAGUUGUUGGCUUCUGACCAAUAGUAGUGUCCCUCCCCCACCCACACACACACACACGCAGUGUAACUGUCUCCAAAGUUUGUCAAAACAUUUGUCAGUCAAUGAAUGAAUGAAUGAAAGAGGCAAUGGCAAAUAAAUGCACGGAGUUACAAUAAUUAAUGAUACUAAUAAAUAAAAACAGUAAUGUCCUGAAGUGAGGCAAAAACAAUAAUUUGACAAGACAUGUGAAAUUUAAUAUAAAUAAAUAAAAAGGAAUAUAAAUUGCAACUAUAUAUAUAUAUAUAUAUAUAUAUAUAUAUCAUCUGGCUUUAACAGUGAGUUUUAAUGUUAACUGAACAAUAAAACAUUAAUGCAAGUGCUUGACGUUAAGCUACAAACAAUGGUUGUUGCACGUUAAAAUGUUACAUUAUUUUACUUCAUAUUAAUUAAGUGCAUGUGUUAAUGUGUACUAUGCACAGAUGCUUAAAUGUCUUUAUUUACACCGUUUACUAAAUGCUGCUAAUAUGCAGUAGCUCACUACAUGUAUUGAAUUUAACACUGAUUUAAUGCUUUUAAAUGUGUAAAGGUAAGGAAAGCACAUGGUUUUUCUGUAUGUUGAUCAGUACUAACUUUGUGCGUUCCUCAAGCAAUAAAAAAAAAAGUUUUUU